GUAUGAAAGUUUUACUGACGGGUGCAUCUGGUCUCCUUGGACGCGCUGUGAUGGCCAAAUUUAUAAAAAAUAACUUUGAGAUAAUUGGAAUGGCUUUUUCACGGGCCUCAUCUCCAUUGCAUAAAGUAAAUCUGCUAGAAAAUGAGGCUGUGAUAAAAUUUGUCAUGACUCACAAGCCAGAUAUAAUAAUCCAUUCGGCAGCUGAACGCAGACCUGAAGAGGUUCAAAAAAAUCCAGAAAAGUCAAAGCAAUUAAACGUUAACAGCACUGAUAACAUCGCUUCUAUCUGUGCAGCGAGCAAUAUUUCUUUGAUCUAUAUCAGCACUGAUUAUGUUUUUGACGGGACCAAUGCACCCUACGAAGUAAAUUCUAAACCCAACCCCAUCAAUACGUACGGAGAACUGAAGUUAGCGGGAGAAGAAUGUGUCAAGGCAAAAGAAGGAUUAAAGUGGUGUAUACUAAGAGUUCCUGUGCUUUUCGGAAGGACCGAAGAUUUGGAUGAAAGCGCUGUUACCAUACUUAUGAAGGCGUUGAAACUAUCUUUUUUGGAGAAGCAAAUGUGCAAAAUGAAUCAUAUAGAGAAAAGAUAUCCCACUUUUUGCGAUGACGUUGCAAUGUUUCUCCUAGAAAUUAGCAAUUAUCUAGCUGAGAAACCAGAAGGAUUAGGAGUUUUGCAUUUUUCAGGAAAUGAGUGCAUGACAAAAUUUGAAAUGGUCCAAAGAAUGGCUCGUUUGAAACAAAUCUCACUGGAUUAUAUUGAACCCGAAACAGUUGUAAGUACCGCAGUAAAGAGGCCUUAUGACUGUCAUCUCUCCAUGGAAAAGAAUGAAUUAAAACUGAGUAUUCAGCAAACUCCUUUCGAUGAUGCGAUGUCACUCCUUUUGGGAUAAUAAUUGAAAUUGUAUAUAAUUUUCAUCCGGAAAGGAUGUGAGCACUUAGACAUCCAUUAAAAAGUAUUAGUUAAUCGAACGAUUUCCUGUUUUCAUUUUCGAAUAAUCACUAACUGUCGUUUCCAAAGUAUGUAUUUUUUGUAUAUGGGGUUUGUGUUCACUCGCCAAACAUCUGAGGAGCGUGAAUGCGUUAACCCUAUAGCUUUUUCCGUUUUACGGAAGGGCAAACCUUAGAAAAAAAACAAAUUCUUUUAAUUGGUUUUUGACAAAGCUCAAAUAGCCUAAAAAAUAAAGAUCGAAAAUUUUUAAACUAUGUCGAAAAGCUGUUAGGGUACUCUGUGGUUGAAAAAAAAACCUGGACACGAAAUCUGUCUCCUGAAAUCCGUGUCUAUGAGAUAUGACAAUUUUUGUAAGACUUUUCCACAAAAUCUCAAAAAACGUAGGUUUUAAAGAAUUCACAAAAUUGAAAUUCUCAAACCUGUAGUAGGCGGACGACCGCGUAUUUUCAGGGGUUGCAACUGUGGCCUCAAAGUAUGACUGCUCAUUUACCUAAGUUUCCGAGAUACGACGUUCUCGCUUGUUUUAAAUAAAUUUUUCAAAUAACCUGAUUUUAAAAAACACUUCACAAAUUUUGUUUUUAAAUAAAUAAGUCUUAAUUGAAAUCGAAAUCAGUAAAGAACAACUGAUUAACCAUACAUUUACAAAUUGUAGUUUCUCAAGAACCUGUCAGGGAAACGCCGCAUAUAUUUUCAUCGCAAAAUCAAUCACAAUCCGAAGUUUCAUUCCGGUCAAAUGGUUUGCAGCAAUAUCAGUGAUCUGUAUGCCAAGUUACAGAACCGUACUAACAGCGCUUAUAUUCCGAGACUUCUCAGAGACAUGUCCCAAUAAACAUGAUUAGCAAAUACAUUUACAAAUUGUAGUUUCUCAAGAACCUGUCAAGGAAAUGCCGCAUGUAUUUUUCUUUCAUCAGAUAAUUGCCGACUCAAUUUUGCUUCGGUAUACUCUGAUCGAGAUGGAAUCAUAUUUGAUAGAAUAUGGUUGUCAUAUCUCGAUAUAAAUUGGUAAAAUUUUUCGUCCUCUUUCCUUACUAAGUCGUUGAUUGAGACAAACCCUUGAAUAACCGCCUGCAUCAACAGCCCUCCUCUGGACUCUCGGUCCAUCUUGUCGAGCAAAUAAUGGGGUGCGCCCCCCAUACUUGAAUACCAUACAAUAGGAUGGGCAUAACAAGCUGAUUGUAGAGAAUAUUGAGUUCAGUUUUGGUGUAUCCAAGACUUUUUAGUUUAAUCAGCAGAAACAGCUGUGAUGAGGCUUUUUUGGUUGCCUUUGUUAUGUGAGGUUCAAAAGAGUUUAUCGGUGAACGUGAUGCCUAGAAUUUUAACUUUGUCGGUGAUCUCAAUGUCAUGAACUGGUUGAAUAGUAACUGAGUGAGAUAUUUUGAUCUGAACUUCUUUGGAUUUCUCGUUGUUCAAGAUAAGAUUAUUGGAUUCACACCAUUCCAUGAUGUGACCGGUGGCUUGAUUUGCCGAGUCAACUCGAUGUUUACCACCGAUGCAGGGUGUGUUGUCAUCCGCAAAGUUUGCAGAUGUCGCCACGGUUUGAGUAACUUGACAAUCGUCAUAUGAAAGAUUGAAACACGGGGGACCCAUCAGUCCCCUGCACUACACCACUAUUGGUACUGCUCGUUGAUGAUCUGUGUUUCCGGUGCAUCAAAAAAGAACGAAUCAAGUUUACAAUAUAGGGAAUUGACACUCGGGACAACUUCAGAUAAUUGUGAGAUUAUGAGAUGGUGUGGCACUCUGUCAAAGCUUUGCUAAGAUCCAACGAAAAGAUUCGGAUAUAAUCGCAUCCCUGUUUCUCGAGAGACUUGCAGUCGUCCAUUAAUUUAAUGAGCGCACAACUAGUCGAAGAUUUGUUUCUGAAACCAAAUUGGUUCUUAUUGAGCCACAAAUACGAGUCUUUCAAAAAUCCGAGGAAGUCUCGGGGAAACAGAUAUGGGCCGAAGCAUGUUGCAUUGAUUGAUAACUUUCGACUUCGGAAUGGGUACUACUUUAGAUAGCUUGAACACAUCAGGAAAUAUUUGAUAUCGAAUACAAAGGUUAGAGAUAAUGUAACGGUUAAGCCAGAUUGUGUAAAAUUUUGCAUCUCGCAAUCAUGUGGCGCUAUCAUGACGUGGAAUUACAAUUUUGGUCUCCAAUUAUUUUUGUUCUAAGUUUUUUGUUUUCAAGAUACUUUUCAUUUAUGCUCACUUGAUAUUCCUUUAUAGAAAGU